CGAGUUCGGAAUUCUUGCGAGCUGGCAGCUACUUUUUGCGCUGCUCGCUGCUGCCGCUUCUGCUGAGCCAAAGCCAGAGGCAAAGUCCAAGCCAGGCUAAGCCAAGCUAAACCUGGCCCAAACGGCCGGCCACUCGGCCACUGUCCACCAGUUGGCCACUUUCGCGCGCGUUCCAGCCAAGUGCACUCUGCAGUCUGCACUCUCCGUUCUCCGUUCUGCAGUCUACAGUCCGCAGUCUUUUUUGCCCGCGUCAUCCAAUCCGCGAAGAAUUCUGUCGCAAAGUGCAAUGCAUUUUCGCCAUUCCGCAAGUGCAGCUGCUCCCCCAGCUCGCGGUAUCACAAUUAAAAAUCGAGCCGAGUGAACUCGCAAAUUGUUAUCACCACACGUCGUCGUCUGAGUCGGUAAAAAACCAGCCAGGCCCUCGGAAGGGUCGAAAUUGGUCAAGUGUCAAUACGAUCGAGGCCGUAGUAAACGUGUUUCAGUGCGUCCCUGAAUAGUUAUUGUGUUCCGCUGAUCAGCUGAGUGAAUGCGAAUGCCAGUGAACGAAUAUUGAGGAAUACCCACUUACUACGAAGCCUACUAAGUGCGAGAAUUUCCACGAGCCACUCUAAAGGUCGCCUCUAGCUCGGCGCCCCAAAAAGUAAAUGAAACAAUAAAAUAAGCCAAAUAAGGCGUUUAUUAAUUGAAACGUGAAUAGAUUUUCCGAGCUCCCCCAAGUGGAACUAAUUAGAACAACGCCCCGCACAACCGCCAAUCGAAGGUGCUUAAAUGAUUAUGCAUGGUACCUGGUACAAGGGACCUCAGUUGGCGCACCAUCCUCACUCGAAUCCGCACAACAGUUCGCACGGCCACAGUGACUACCACCAGUUCCGCUCGUACCCCUCGUUCGUUGUGACCCCCUACCACGAUGGCCAUGUCCAGGGCCCGGCCACGCCCACUCCCUGCCCGGCCCCGCCAACGUCCUGCAACGGUCCAGUUCCAGUUUCGAUUCCCGUCUGCCACACCGGCGGCCAGGGCUCGCCAGUAAUAGUUGAGAGCUCCUUUGCAGCCGCCGCCGCUGCCGCCGCAGCGGCUGCUGCCACCGCCGUCGGAGGAUCCAGUGCCACGCCCCUGCUGCCCAGCCCGCCCAUCAAGAUCGAGCAGGUCUUCGGCGAGCCCUCUUCGCUCGGAGCCGUGGUCGAGGAUUACGCGCUGGGACUAGAUUGCCCCGUGGAGCACACGUUUCGAAAGCCGCACAACAACAGCGGCUACUCGUGGUCCGCCGGCAACAACAACGAGGUUGUCACUAAUAGCAGCAACCACCCAGCAACACCGCCCACGCCGCCCAACGAGGCGAGCGCCACCCAAGCGACUUCGGUGUCCGCAAUUAAUUUGAAUCAAGCCCAACCCGCAUCACAGACGCGUUCAAACUUUGGCAGCUCCAUAAAGUCACCACCAUCAGAACCGGACGCGGUCGCCGCUGCCACGUGCAAAAGUCAGGAGAACAACUCCGGCCAGAACCCCUCCUCCAGCUCCAUCUCCAUCUCCAACUCCAACUCCAUCUCCGACUCCGAUCCCAACCCGGCUCAUAACCUUAACUCGAAUUCAACGGCCGCUGCCGUGGCCGCCGCUGCCGCCGCCGCCGCCGCCGCCAACAUGCCGAUCGGCGGCGUCCAGGGCCAGAAUCCCACCCAGGGCCUGGUCCACUGGAUGAGCGCCGUGAUGGCCGAGCACAUGACCGGCCAGACGCACCACGAUCCUGGCGCUGUAGGCAUGCACUACAUGUGGAACGGAAACGUUGACCAUGCCAAAGACAUAAGCGAUUACAAUCUUUGGCCGCCAACGCCGCGCAGUCAUCAGCAUGCCAGCGAGCACCAUCCGAUGUCCCUGAAGCAGGAGUACGAGGCCAAAAUGAACGACCACCACCACAACAAUCUGCAGAAAGGUCACUUUCUGGAUGACAAUCGUCUGGAGCAUCACGCGGUUACCGGACAAGGUGGCCUGGGCCUAGGUGCAUCCAACGGAGUAGGCGGAGUAGGCGGUGGCGCCUCUGUGGGCGGCAAUUCCAGCCUGGGCGCCAGCUCCCACCACGCCGUCGCCGCCGCCCACCAUCACAACCAGGCGGUGGCGGCUGCCUCGGCGGCCGCUUUGCUGGUGGUGCCCCAGCCGAUCAAUGCCAGCAAAAUGGGCGGACCCGGCGGAGUCUCCUCGGUGGCAGGCGGACAUGCCACCGGCGGAGGCAGUGGACGCAAAUAUCAGUGCAAAAUGUGCCCCCAGAUCUUUAGCUCAAAGGCAGAUCUCCAGCUGCACACGCAGAUCCACAUGCGGGAGGCGAAACCGUACAAGUGCACCCAGUGCUCGAAGGCCUUCGCCAACUCGUCGUAUCUGUCGCAGCACACCCGGAUCCACCUGGGCAUCAAGCCGUACCGCUGUGAGAUCUGCCAGCGAAAGUUCACACAACUCUCGCAUCUGCAGCAGCACAUCCGGACGCACACGGGCGACAAGCCGUACAAGUGCAGGCAUCCCGGCUGCCAGAAGGCCUUCUCGCAGCUCUCCAACCUGCAGUCGCACUCGCGGUGCCACCAGACGGACAAGCCGUUCAAGUGCAACUCCUGCUACAAGUGCUUCUCGGACGAGCCCUCGCUGCUGGAGCACAUCCCCAAGCACAAGGAGUCGAAGCACCUGAAGACGCACAUCUGCCAGUACUGCGGCAAGUCGUACACCCAGGAGACCUACCUGACCAAGCACAUGCAGAAGCACGCGGAGCGGACGGACAAGCGGCCACCUAUCGUGCCGGGCAGUGCGGCGGCCAUUGCAGCGGCGGCCGCUGCAGCUGCCGGAGGGUCGGCCAACCCGACCAAUGGCCCGCCGCCGCCGCCCAAUCCCGCCCAGCAUCAGCGCAACAACCUGGGCCUGCCCCCCGUCUCGAUUGCCCCCAGUGACAACGGCUACUGGCCAAAGGUAAGUCCCGACUCGGCCGCUGCAGCCAACGCCAUGGAGGUGAUGCACCAGCAGCAGCAGCAGCAGCAGCAGCAACAACAGCAGCAGCAGCAGCAGCAACAGCAGCAGCAGGCGCACCACCACCAUCCGCAGCACGGAGUCCCGCCGCAGCAACAUGUCCCGCCCCAGCAGCAGCAGCAGCAGCAACACCACCAUCCGCAGCAGCAGCCUCCUCCGCAGCACAGCAUGGAAGCCCACUACGCUCAGCCGACGGCUCCCAACGGAGCCCAAAGCAACGGGCACGGAGCGGAGUUGCAGCCCCAUCAUCGCAUGCCCGAUCCCGUGCGGGAGGAUAUUGCCUCGACCCCCAGCGCCGUGGGUCCCUACGAUGCCGCAUCCAUAACGAAGGCCACAAGCAACUCGGCGUUCACGCCGAUAAACUCGAUGCCCCCGCACCUGAACUCGCUGAGCCACCACCCAAUGGCCCAGCGGCCCUAUCUCUACGAUGCCAUCAGCUUCCCGAACAAGAACGUGAACCAGAACAACGCGAACGCGUUCCCCAACCAGCUGAUCUCGCUGCACCAGAUCCGCAACUACGCCCACCAGCCGGCGGGAUUGAUGGCGGGGGAGCACCUGCUGGGCGUGAGCGUGGGGCCUGGGAAGGAGAAGGGAUAGCUAGGGGCGUACUUCUAGGUUGGAGGCGGUUCAUCCGUUGUUUCUCCAGGCGGAGACGAGGCGUGCACUCCUGUACAGUAUUAAUUUGUAGUUAGUCGUAGCGAGUAAAGGUCAUUUUGUAAUUUUUGUAGAUCUUCUUGGGUUAAGUUAGGGGUGUUCUCGCGCACUCGAUGAGCAAUCUGUAAAUGGCCAACGAUACGUACUCUAAUUUGACAAACACCGUCCAUACCUAUGUUUACACAAUGUCUUGGAAUACGAGCACUAGUUCCGAUAGAGAGCCUGCGAUAUCAAUUCGGUCCAGCAAAAGUGGUCCAGUUCCCGUCAAGUGAUUAGUUUUCCAAGACCUCGUCUGUUGCCGCUUGUAAAUAGAAUUGGAAAUGAAUUUGUUUUCGAUGCACACGGAUCUCGCAGUCUUGAAGCAAUGGCAGACAUCAAGAGCUGCUCACUAGGCUAUCGGCUAUUUGUACAUAGAUAUACAUCACCUAAACGGUGAACUUACCGGCAAACGUAAUAUACAUUUACAUACAAAUCCUCAUAUAUAUUUGUUUAGGUGUAUCGUAUUAAAUACAGAUAUUUCCGAGAGAAUCUCCUCGAGGUGAAUUCAAGAAAUCAAAUGUGUUUACAACUAUAAAUGAAACUAUGCGAUAGAUGAAAACUAUUUUGAAAAAAAAAAACAUUUCUAAAUAUAUGUUGGCAGUUGCAAAAACCGAAGUAUAAAAGAAAACCGAAAGAGAUGUUGUACUACUUUUUGGAAAGACUGAAGAGAUCGAAAUUAACGAACCAGCGGAGGAAAUGAUGAAAAUCAAACAUUUUAAAGAGCGUUUUUACUGCAGUUACUAAGCAAACUGAAUGUGUCCUAUAAAAUUUCUUACUAAAUGGCAGAAACUAAACCUAAACGUAAUUACGAGUAUAACAACAUCAAAUGUAAUGUAUUAUUAAAUUAUUAUUAAA